AUGGAUGGUAUAAGAGAGCUUUGUGUUGAGCAACGAUACUUAAUUUCACACAACCGUUUUGAUGAUGAUGGCCGUCUCAAGAGAACCGGAACUCUCUGGACGGCAUCAGCACACAUUAUCACAGAGGUGAUUGGGUCUGGAAUCCUGUCCGUGGCUUGGGCCAUAGCUCAGCUUGGAUGGAUUGCAGGUCCUAUUGCCAUGCUCUUGUUUUCUGGAGUGACUUACUACACUUCAACUCUGCUCUGUGCUUGCUAUCGCUCCGGAGACACCGGACAAAGGAACUACACAUACAUGCAGGCUGUUCAAUCUACCCUCGGAUGAGGAGCUAAGCUCAAGAUUUGUGGAGUUGUUCAGUACUUGAACCUAGUUGGAUACACAAUAGCAUCAUCUAUAAGCAUGAUGGCAAUAAAGAGGUCUAACUACUGCUUUCACAGGAGUGGUGGGAAAGAUCCAUGCCAUAUCAACAGCAACCCAUACAUGAUUGCUUUCGGCAUUAUGCAAAUCGUAUUGUCGCAGAUUCCAAACUUCGACCAGUUGUGGAGGCUCUCAAUUGUUGCGGCAGCUAUCACUACAAGAAAAGUAGUCUACCACAACAUCACAAUAACAAAAUGCUCUAAAUACUCUACAUACAGUUUUCCACAACGAGUGAUCUGGAGUAUUGAAUUGUUGAAAUUUGAGAUAAUUUUGGAUAUUGCUGAUUCAAUUGGGAAAUUUUGAUUGUGAUCUGUGUGCUGAUUGAUGUAAUUGCUUGGUGAAGCUGGAAUAGGGGAGCAAGACUGAGCAUUUACAGGCGCAGAGGUGAGUGCUCUGUUAUGUUUCUCAUGAAAUCUUUCCUGCAUUUGAAAAUUGGGAAAGGUUUCUGGUGUUAGGAGUACAAUUACGGCUUCUACUGUUCUAUUGUGUAUGGUACUGUUAGGACUACACCAUAUCAGCUGAACCUUAGAUCACCACAUAGAAGCUGAGAUAGGGUUUAUGGGAACAGUAGUGUUAGUUUGCAUACUAGCUUCACCUAAUUUAGGAUGAGUAGUUAUUUAAUUUCUAUAUAAGCUUGUAAAUGGAAAGCUUCAUUGAGUUUAGGGUUUAUGGGUUGUUUUUAAUGUUUAGAGUUGAAGAUGAUCAUUUUAGGAAAGGCUGAAGUAAACAAGUCCUGGAAAUGAGGAUAAUGGAAAGUUGGAAAGGUUGUUAUUUAGAAACUGUGUAAUGCUUCGUUCAAUGUUUCUUUAUGAUUGAUGCAAUAGAGUUGCUUACGGAUUGAGAU